AUGGUGUCGGAUCUUCCAAGGGAUUUGUCGGAGGAGGUGCUCUCUCGAAUCCCUUUGACAAGCCUGAGAAAAGUCCGGUCUACUUGCAAAAAGUGGAACACUUUAUCGAAAACCAGAUUCCUUGCAAAGAAGCAUCUCCGUCGAGAGGCCGAAAAAGCCAAGGAGGAGUUCAUGGCGGUGGUGAUGAUGGAUUACAGCGUUUAUCUGUUGGGAGUCAAUCUCUCCGACAAGGCCGUCCAAUCAUGUAGUGUAAAGCUCCAAGGCAAACUUACUUUCCCCACCGAUUCAGAUUCAGAUCAAAUCGAUAUCUGCAACGUGUUCCAUUGCGACGGUUUAUUGCUAUGCGUCUCCAAAGACCAGACAAGGCUGGUGCGAUUCCCGAGGGAUCUUGAGAUCGCUCCUAUAGACUGGAAGGUAGACUAUAUUCAUUCCGGGGUGACUGUCAACGGAAACGCCUACUGGCUCGCUACAGAGGACGAGUCAGAGUUGGACGAAGAAGAGUAUGGAAGAACUUUCUUAGUCGGUUUCGAUUUCACGAGAGAGACGUUCGGGCCGCGGUUGCCUCUGCCGUUCCAGCAUUACCCUAAGGAUGCUGUGAGUCUGUCUCCUGUGAGAGGAGGGAAGCUUGCGGCUUUGUUUCAGCCGUGGGAUAGUUUGGGGGUGAAGAUAUGGGUCACGAGCAAGAUUGAGCCGGAGGCCGUGACGUGGGAGAGCGAGGUGUUCUUGUCGGUGAGUUUGAAACAGUCCAUUCACCCUAUGUUUCAGUUUACGGACACAGGUGCUAGUUUCUUCAUUGACGAGGAGAAGAAAGUCGCCGUGGUUUUUGAUGAAGCAUUCCCUCCUAGGCCCGAUAAAAAUUCUAUUGGCAACCAAGCUUACAUCAUUGGAGUGGAUGGAUCCUUGAAGAUAGUUGAUCUUGGAGUAUCUGAUCACCGAGGGUUUCCUCCACUCGCGUGCUCGUAUCUUCCAAGUUUAAUCCAACCUAAUUAG